UCAGUCACUUUUGCAUUCUAACCAUCGUUGCUAAAUCGCUACCUAGUCCCUAUCAACUGAAGAGCCCACCGUCACUCAAACACAUCUUUGGACCAUAACAGCGUCUUUCAUUGGACGGAGUCUUGUCACCUCCGCAUCUCACUCUGUGUCAGAUAUCACGAGAAGCCGACCUACGCUACUAAUCACUGGGGCCCCCUGUCGGAUGAAGAAUUGGAGAGGGAAUCGAGGGGAUUGAGCGAAUCGAGGAAACCAGGUCUCAGAUGCUAUAAUUGAAAAGGGGAGACUCCCCGACCUUCAUAUAGCAACUCCAUUCAAGGAGUUCACAUUGCUCAUCAAUGCCAUAAUAACUCGCAACCAACAUGUUGAACUUCGAUCAUUUCUCUUCAGUCUGGGCAUUAACCAUCGGGUGCGUUGCCAUUGUGGCCUACUACCUCCGCAGCUAUUACAUCACCCAUGGCCAUCUUCGACAUAUCCCAGCGCCUUUCCCAGCCCAAUUUACCAAGUUGUGGCUCUUUUACGCCACCAGGCGGGGGAAGCGUUAUAUUAUUGUAGACCGUGCCCAUAAGAAAUUGGGCGCGGUUGUGCGGAUCCAGCCGAACCACAUCAGUAUCGCCGAUGACGAAGCUAUCCAAAUAAUCUAUGGUCAUGGAAACGGGUUUCUCAAGUCUGACUUCUAUGAUGCUUUUGUGUCCAUCAGGCGCGGUCUAUUCAAUACCCGUGACCGCACCGAACAUACCCGUAAGAGGAAGCUGAUCUCCAGUACCUUUGCGCCGAAGUCCAUAGCCCAGUUUGAGCCUUACAUUCACCAGAACUUGGAUAUGUUCGUUACUAGGUGGGAUGAGCUGGUCGAAAACUCCAACGGCGGGGAAAAGACUGCACAUGUGGAUUGCCUGAAAUGGUUCAACUACGUCGCCUUUGACACCAUUGGGGAUCUGGCAUUCGGUGCCCCAUUCGGCAUGCUCAAAGCGGGAGCAGAUAUAGCCGAAGUACGUACGGCGGUCGAUUCUCCUCCUAUAUACUCCCCCGCGGUCGAGAUUCUCAAUCGGCGUGGCGAAGUAUCAGCUACCCUUGGGUGCUUUCCGGAGCUAAAGUCUUAUGGCAAAUGGCUCCCUGAUCCAUUCUUCAGUAAGGGCCUCCUGGCCGUGAAGAAUCUAGCAGGUAUCGCCAUUGCGCGUGUUAAGGACCGUCUCGAGAACCCACCUGAUAUCAACCGUAGAGAUCUUCUUGCCCUGUUGCAAGAAGGGCGAGACGAUAAAGGUGAACCAUUGGGUUUUGAGGAACUCACCGCCGAGGCGCUUACUCAGCUAAUCGCUGGCUCCGACACGACAUCCAACUCGUCCUGCGCGCUCCUAUACCACGCUGCCCGCACUCCUGGUGUCCUGCAAAAAAUGCAAGAGGAGCUGGACGCCGCGAUCCCCGAUGACAACGUCCGGGUGCCUGAGUACGAGGCGAUCCGCAACCUGCCAUACUUGCAGAUGGUCAUCAACGAGACGCUGCGCAUCCACUGCACAUCGGGCAUCGGACUUCCGCGCAUGAUUCCACACGACGCCCCCAGCGGCGUGCAUAUUCGCGGCCAUUACUUCCCCCCUGGAACCGUGCUCAGCGUGCCCACGUACUCCAUCCACCACUCUACCGAGAUCUGGGGCCCCGACGCCGACGAGUUCCGCCCUGAGAGAUGGGAGAAUGUCACGGCGCGCCAGCGCAACGCGUUUAUCCCGUUCAGCACUGGGCCCAGGGCAUGUGUGGGGCGGAAUGUUGCGGAGAUGGAGAUGAAGAUGAUUGUCGCGACGUGGGCAAGACGGUAUAGUGUUUUUCUCAGGCAGGAGGGGAUGGAGACUCGCGAAGGGUUCUUGAGGAAGCCCCUUGCGCUGGAGAUUGGGCUGAGGAGGAGGUCAUAGGUAUGGAGGGCACAGGAGCGAAGGGAGCGGGAGAGUGGGUGUGUCUACUUAGUAGUUUUGUUCAACCAACUAUGGUUGUCAACGUGUCUCCUAGCGAAUUUUCCAAGGGUCUAUGGGUUUUAUUAUGGGUACAGCAGGUAGUUAUCUGAGUAGGUACCUACAUACAGUAGUAGGCUCGACGAUAAUAUGUGACAUGAUCUUAGCAAUGUCUCAUCUCACAUCACUUCUACUAAUCUAGUCCUGAGGUUUCUCGGUAACGACUUCGUACUUCUUGCUCAACUGUACCGCACCCUCUACCCUUUUUACCCACGGCGGACGCUGCUCGACGUAAACUUCCAUUGUGGGUGGGGUAUCUAGAGGUGUUUGGUCAUCCAACACGCCAGCACGCAGGCCUAUCUUGUCGUGGUUUAUCGCAGCACCGCCGGUUCGAUAUAAGGUCGUGCCACAAGUUUCACAGAAGUGGUUAGAUAUUUCCUA